AGUCCACAUCAACGACCAGAACUAGAUGAAAUUUUAGAAAGCCUUGGUAAAUUAUCAAAAGUAAAAACUGAAAGUUUUAUUUCUAACCAACGACAAAACACAAAUUAUAUCAAACAAUCAACACACGAAUUACCUAUAACUGAAAAUUCGGCGAAUUUCGCUAUAACUCAAAGUAUUUUUCUUGGUGACUUAAUGUCAAAUAAGGCAAAACAGCUUUGUGAUCAAG